AUGAGGAAGGUUGAGAACAGUGACUCUAAAGGGAUGGCAAAAGGGAAGGUGGUCCUACUGGAGAGCUCUGUGAGAGAGAAGAAGAGGGGAGCAAGAGCAGCAGAGCCCCUAAUUGCCCUUUUGCAAGAACAUGGUAAAGUCAGUCAUUGUCUCUUGCUCCUGCCUUCAGGGUGUCUGUCCUUGCUGGUCACAGUUCAGCACACAGAACGCUAUGUCACCCUGUUUGCCUCCAUCACCCUCAAGUGUGACUACACCACCUCUGCUCAGCUCCAGGACGUGGUGGUGACAUGGCGCUUCAAGUCCUUCUGCAAGGACCCCAUCUUUGACUACUUCUCUGCCUCAUACCAGGCCGCCUUAUCCCUGGGCCAGGACCCCUCCAAUGACUGUAAUGACAACCAGAGGGAAGUCCGCAUCGUGGCCCAGCGUAGGGGACAGAAUGAGCCGGUGCUGGGGGUGGAUUACCGGCAGCGCAAGAUCACCAUCCAGAACCGAGCAGAUCUUGUGAUUAAUGAAGUGAUGUGGUGGGAUCAUGGAGUAUACUAUUGCAUCAUUGAGGCUCCAGGAGACACGUCAGGAGACCCAGAUAAGGAGGUGAAGCUCAUCGUCCUGCAUAAGUAUUGGCUGACAGUGAUCUUCAUCAUCCUCGGAGCCCUCCUUCUCCUCCUGCUGAUUGGCGUGUGCUGGUGCCAAUGCUGCCCUCAGUAUUGCUGCUGCUACAUCCGCUGCCCCUGCUGUCCCACCUGCUGUUGCUGCCCCGAGGGAGCCCUGGCCCGCCACCGCUACAUGAAGCAGGUUCAGGCCCUAGGUCCUCAGAUGAUGGACAAACCCCUGUACUGGGGGGCGGACAGGAGCUCCCAAGUGUCAUCUUAUGCAAUGAACCCGCUGCUGCGGCGAGAUCUGUCCUUACGGUCCAGCAGCCUUCCACAGAUGCCAAUGACCCAGACAGUUGCUCCCCCUCCGGUGGCCAAUGGUGUUCUGGAAUAUUUGGAGAAAGAAUUGCGGAACCUCAACCCAGCCCAGCCUCCCGAUCUCCGAGCCCAAUCUGGCUACCCUGGCAGCAUGCUGUCCUCUCUGGGCCCUGCAGAGGUUGUGGAACGCAGAGUCAUCCACCUGCCCCCGCUGAUCAGAGACCCAUUGUCCUCCAGGACCAGCAACACCUCACACCAACAGCGGCUCAACCCUCUUCCUUCUAGACACAGGGAUCUGAGCCAGGCCAGGAGGCAGCGCUAUCACUCAGAAUUCCUCCAAGAGCUCCAGGACCGGGGUAUCAGACCCUGGGCCCCAGGGAGAAGGGAACUGGACCCCAAUUGGAGUGGGAGGCACCAUCGCUCUAAACCCAACGAGUCCUCCAUGCCCUGGUCAGACUGGGACAGCCUGAGUGAAGGCCCCUCGUCCAGUGAGGCUCCUUGGCCCCCCAGACACCCAGAGCCCCGGGAAGGUGCCCAGAGGCCCAGGGGAUGCAGGCACCACAGCUACUCGCCUCCCUUGCCCUCAGGCCCCAGUUCUUGGAGCUCUGAAGAGGAGAAGGAGUCACUGCCCAGGAACUGGGGUGCCCAGCACCAUCACCGCCACAGCAGUUCCCAGUCCCCAAACUGGCCUGAGGAGAAGCCACCCAGCUACAGUUCAUUGGAUGUCACUCCAGGCAAGAACAACAGGAAAAAAGGGAAUGUGGAGAGGCGCUUGGAGAGAGAGAGCUCCCAUAGUGGAUGGAGUAUGGUCAUUUAG